AUGCGGAUUCCCCGUGCCCCCACUCCUGUGGUUCUUGGUGCAAAAUGUAGCCCCGCUCUUUUUUCUCGCUCUCCUUCGUCAGCACUGAUUCACGACCGUCAUCUCAUGGCUAGUAGUGGCAGGAAGAAAACUCGGAGUACCAAUCGGGGCUGGCGGUGGGCAGAAUUCGUAGAACACCCUGGCUAUGAGAGCCCAGCGUCGAUGUCGCAGCAGAAGGCUAAAGUAAUCUGCACCAGACAACUCGAAAAUUAUGUUGCGGCAGAACAGGUUCAUGAUGAGCGGGAGGUACAGUUUGGAUCGCGGGGCCAUGUACGGGACGAGAAUGCGAUUAAGGGAGCAGUGUGGGCUACUGGCAUGCACGACCCACAGCGGAUUUGGCUUGUUAGCCGUCCGAAAACUCUCUUGAUGCAUAUCCGGGAUUGUAAUCUACACAUAGAGAGCAUUCAGGCACACGCGCGGUCUGACCUUCUAGCAUAUCGCUCACCCAAUAAAUCUGCUCGUUUCAAUCAACCUGUAAUGAUGCAUGCUGCGCUAUCUGCACCUCAGUCGUGUGAUGAUUCCUCUCAAAUUGUGGGACCGACUGCAGCACAUUCAAUUUAUUUUCCGUCUUCUGCCAGUGCGUCUGCGUCUGCGUCUGUAUCACCAGCUCUUGGUCUCGUUGUUCCAGAUCUUUUGAUGCCAUCUGCCGGUUGCUCUUCAGGGUUGUUAUCUUUACCAAGCCCAUUGGCAUUUGAUUCUCGUGCACUCAGUCCUGCGAUGUCUGAUAUCACGAUUUCACCUGAAUUCCAGCCACUCGACAUAUAUACACAUCUAACGAGGGGCCUCCCAAGAUGA